ACGUUAAAGAACCAAUAAAGCUCCACGUCUACAAUUGUUCUUACCCAAACUCCACCACCAGUCACCAAACUACACCUCACUGGACGUAACUUUUCCUGAACGUGGACCCUUCACAACAGAUUCCUACGAAAUAAGAGAAGAAUCACACACCUCUGAAUCAUCCACAUAUAUUCUCAUCUUCUCCCAUGGAUUUGGCUGCGCGGCCGGUUUUCUGUGAGCUCAAGUCGGAUAAACCGGCGGCACCGCUGCAGGUCCAGAAGCCCAAACUGGUGGAGCUGCCACAAACAGCCACCGACAAUGGGAAAAUUGUGCUGCAGCCGAGGCUGUGUACACUUAGAUCAUAUAGCGGGGAUCGCCUGGGGGUAAUCAAGGCCAAGAAUAUUGUUAACGGUGAUGAUCAAGUUUCACCUUUUUUCGCGAUCUUGUCUGAAUAUAUAGAGAGCUCCAAGAAGAGUCAAGAUUUUGAGAUCAUUUCUGGUCGCCUUGCCAUGCUGGUGUUUGCAGCAACAGUGAGCAUCGAGAUGGUGACUGGAAAUUCAGUUUUCAGAAAAAUGGAUUUGCAAGGUAUUGAGGAAGCUGCGGGGGUAUGUUUCGCGGCAGUCACGAGUGCGGCAAUUUUUGCAUGGUUUUCGAGUGCACGUAAAGGGGUUGGUCGGAUGUUUACCAUUCGUUGCAAUACGUUGAUCGACUUGCUCAUCGAUCAAAUCAUCGAUGGUUUAUUUUAUGAGAUUGAGCCAAGUGAUUGGUCUGAUGAUCAAUUUUAGUCGAUCAAAAAUGAAUAUUGAAGGAGUCGUAGAUAGCUGAGUUGUUUAUGUUAUUGAAUUGUUUGUAUUUACGGUUUCUGACUAAGAAUUAUGGUUUAACAUAUAUUACUACA